UCAAAAUGUCUAGUGAUCUGUUUAAUUUCUCUCUUUAUUCUGAACUCUUUUGCCCCCGACAGGAUCCUGUAGAAGGAUCUGAUUGGUCGGUGGAGGUCACCUGAGUCAGAUUUAAAAUCCUUUUUUUCAAAGUUUUUUCAAAAGAAAUUAGAGUGCUGAUGCCUGAGAAACCUGACCAGGUUCGGUCCUCUGCACCUUAAAUCAGAUUCUUUUGAACCAGAGCUUUGGUUUAAUCUAGUUUUUCCUGCUGCAGUCGGCCUGUCACAUUUGUACUGGAGGAGAUAAUCCAAACAGCCGAUCACACGGCAGGGGGAGCUGUGUAACAGACCACAUGGCUGUGACGUGAGACCUGAACACUAUCUGAUUCUGAGUGGAUUUGACAUGAAUAAAAAUGUUUGUGUUGUUUCUGCUGCACUCGUCCUAAAGUAGAUUUACCUUCAAUCAGCAUUUAUUAAAUCUCCAUCCAUUAAAGAGCAGCGUCCACUAAUCCUGAUUACACAGACACAGAGAGGACGGGUCUCCGUCUGCCUCCACAGACGCCUGAGCGCAGCACAGACCGAAGGCGGCACGACCACGGACGACACUCCGAGAGGACAGAGGAGACACCGGAGGACGCAGAGGAGGACACAGGGAGCAGGAGGAUGAAGCUGGAGGACAGCUGAACUUCAUCGACAUGGACAACAGAGGGAGGAGAGGGACCAACGGAUCCUUCAAACAGUCGUCCAUCAAACGCAGUGCGUCCUCUGGAUCACAGAAGAUUCACAGAGUAUGGAUCGAGAGGACGUUCCAGAAGAGAGAAUGUAUCCAGAUUAUUCCCAGCAAAGACGCCAGCAGGUGCAGUUGUGGUCAGAUGGUGGCGCAGCACACCAUCCUUCCUGGGGCCAGAGACGAGGGGCCACCACUGGUUCAGCUGGAGGGCCAAGCUGCAGAGAAAUGGAGUCCCCUCAAACACACCCAGACCUCUCCCACCGAUGCCUACGGAGUCAUCGAGUUUCAGGGAGGAGGACAUGUCAACAAGGCCAUGUACAUCAGGGUCUCCUAUGACUCUAAACCGGACUCUCUGCUCCACCUGAUGGUGAAGGACUGGCAGUUGGAGCUGCCUACAUUGCUCAUCUCUGUCCACGGAGGCCUUCAGAACUUUGACCUACCUCCCAAACUGAAGCAGGUAUUUGGCAAAGGACUGAUCAAAGCAGCUGUGACCACCGGAGCCUGGAUCUUCACUGGAGGAGUCAGCACAGGAGUGAUCCGCCAUGUUGGAGAUGCUCUGAAAGAUCAUUCGUCCAAGUCCAGGGGGAAAGUCUGUGCUAUCGGCAUCGCGCCGUGGGGGAUCAUCGAGAACAAAGAAGACUUGAUCGGGAGAGACGUGACCCGGCCCUAUCAGACCAUGUCCAACCCGCUCAGCAAGCUGUCGGCCCCGAACGGCAGCCACUCCCACUUCAUCCUGUCCGACAACGGGACCAGCGGGAAGUACGGCGCCGAGGUCCGCCUCCGCCGACAGCUGGAGAAACACAUCGCCCUGCAGAAGAUCAACACACGUCUGGGUCAGGGGGUCCCGGUGGUGUGUCUGAUCUUGGAGGGGGGUCCUAACGUCAUCUCCAUCGUGCUGGAGAGUCUGAGGGAGGAUCCUCCGGUCCCCGUUGUGGUCUGUGAUGGCAGCGGUCGAGCCUCGGACAUCAUAUCCUUUGCUCACAGAUACUGUGAGGAGGACGGGCUGGUGAGCGACAGCGUCAAAGAUCAGCUGCUGGUCACCAUCCAGAAGACCUUCAACUACAGCCGCAGCCAGGCGCAGCAGAUCUUCCUCAUGGUGAUGGAGUGCAUGAAGAAGAGAGCUCUGAUCACAGUGUUCAGGAUGGGCUCGGAGGGACAGCAGGACAUUGAGAUGUCGAUCCUCACAGCUCUACUCAAAGGGACCAAUGCGUCGGCGUCAGAUCAGCUGAGUUUGGCCUUGGCCUGGAACCGAGUGGACAUCGCUCGCAGUCAGAUCUUUGUGUUCGGACUCCACUGGCCUCCUGUGAGAGGUUUACCCACCGACCGGCCCAAAAGUCCAGCAGCCCAGCGAACAGCAGCAGGAGGAGGAGGAGGAGGAGGAGGAGGGGGGAAAGGGAAGGCCAGGGGGAAGAAAGCAAAAGGAGGAAAGACUAAACCUGAGGUCCCUGAAGAGACCGACCCCAGGAAACUGGAAAUGCUCAGCUGGGUCAACUCUCUGGAGCAGGCCAUGAUGGACGCUCUGGUGCUGGACAGAGUCGACUUUGUGAAGCUGCUGAUUGAAAACGGCGUGAACAUCCACCACUUCCUCACCAUCCCUCGUCUGGAGGAGCUCUACAACACGAAGUUGGGCCCGGCCAACACGUUGCACUUCGUGGUGAGAGACGUGAAAAAGGGGAAUCUUCCUCCGGAUUACCAGAUCACGCUGAUCGACAUCGGACUGGUGCUGGAGUUCCUGAUGGGCGGAGCCUAUCGCUGCAAAUACACCAGGAAGAGCUUCAGGACGCUGUACAACAACCUGUACGGCCUGAAAAGACCCAAAGCUCUGAAACUUCUUGGGAUGGAGGACGACGAGCCCCGUGCGAAGGGAAAGGGGAAGAAGAACAAGAAGAAGGAGGAGGAGGUGGACAUCGACAUCGACGACCCUGAGGUCAGCAGGUUUCAGUACCCCUUCCACGAGCUGAUGGUUUGGGCGGUGCUGAUGAAGCGCCAGAAGAUGGCGCUGUUCCUUUGGCAGCGGGGGGAGGAGGCCAUGGCCAAAGCUCUGGUGGCCUGCAAACUUUACAAGGCCAUGGCCCACGAGUCGUCGCAGAGCGAGCUGGUGGACGACAUCUACCAAGACCUGGAGAACAACUCCAGGGAGUUUGGUCAGCUGGCCUACGAGCUCCUGGAUCAGUCGUACAAACACGACGAGCAGGUGGCCAUGAAGCUGCUGACGUACGAGCUGAAGAACUGGAGCAACUCCACCUGCCUGAAGCUGGCCGUCGCCGCCAAACACAGAGACUUCAUCGCCCACACCUGCAGCCAGAUGCUGCUGACGGACAUGUGGAUGGGCUGCCUGAGGAUGGGCAAGAGCAACUGCCUCAAGGUGAUCUUAGGGAUCGUUUUCCCUCCUGCCAUCCUCCUCAUGGAUUUCCGUCUCGGAGAAGAGGCUUCGUGUCAUUCGUCCAAAGAGAGCAAUGACAGUAAAAGCAAAGAUGACGAUGACAAAUCCAGCAAGGACGCCGUCUCUAAUGUCGACGCCACGUCAAAGAAAGGAGACGAAGAAGAGAACCAGAAGAAGAGCCACAAAAGGAUUCCCAUCGGGAAAAUGAUCUAUGAGUUCUACAAUGCUCCCUACACCAAGUUCUGGUUCAACACGAUCUCGUACCUGGUCUACCUGAUGCUGUAUAACUACAUCAUCCUGGUGAAGAUGGAGCGAUGGCCGUCUCUGCAGGAGUGGAUCGUCAUCUCUUACAUCAUCACUCUGGGACUGGAGAAAGUCAGACAGAUCCUGAUGUCGGAGCCGGGGAAGCUGAAGCAGAAGAUCAACGUGUGGUUGGAGGACUAUUGGAACAUCACCGAUCUGGCGGCCAUCUCCGUCUUCCUGCUGGGUUUGCUGCUGCGGCUGCAGAACGAGCCCUACAUGGGCCACGGGCGCGUCAUCUACUGCGUGGACAUCAUCUUCUGGUACAUCCGAGUCCUGGACAUCUUCGGAGUCAACAAGUACCUGGGACCCUACGUCAUGAUGAUCGGGAAGAUGAUGAUCGACAUGCUGUACUUUGUGGUCAUCAUGCUGGUGGUGCUGAUGAGCUUCGGCGUGGCUCGACAGGCGAUCCUCCACCCAGACGAGGUGCCGACGUGGCGUCUGGCGCGCAACAUCUUCUACAUGCCGUACUGGAUGAUCUACGGAGAGGUGUUUGCCGACUCCAUAGACCUUUAUGCGAUGGAAAUCAACCCUCCGUGUGGAGACAACAUGUACGAUGAAGACGGUAAGAAGCUUCCUCCCUGUAUCCCCGGGGCCUGGCUCACUCCGGCCAUCAUGGCCUGUUACCUGCUGGUGGCCAACAUCCUGCUGGUCAACCUGCUCAUCGCCGUCUUCAACAACACUUUCUUCGAGGUGAAGUCCAUCUCCAACCAGGUGUGGAAGUUCCAGCGCUAUCAGCUGAUCAUGACGUUCCACGACCGCCCCAUCCUGCCGCCUCCGCUCAUCGUCCUUCCGCACAUCUACAUCGUCCUGAAGAGGCUCUGCUGCCGCUGCCGCCGCCGGCCGGAGGGAGAACGCGACGACCGCGAGAGACGACUGCAGCUGAUGCUGAGUGCAGACGAGCUGAAGAGUCUGCACGAGUUCGAGGAACAAUGUGUGGAGGAAUACUUCAGAGAGAAAGACGACGAGAAACAGUCGUCGAACAACGAACGAAUCAGAGUCACAUCAGAGAGGGUGGAGAACAUGUUCAUGCGUCUGGAGGAGGUGAACGAGAGGGAGCACUCGAUGAAGGCGUCCCUGCAGACGGUCGACCUCCGUCUGUCCCAGUUGGAGGAGUUCUCUGGUCGGAUGAUGAACGCUCUGGAGAAGCUGGCCGGCGUCGACCGGGCCGAGCUCGUGCGGUCGCGCUCCAGAGGAUCUUCCGUGUGCGAGCCGUCCGCUCUGCUGCGACACGGCAGCAUCAACAGCUCCGACGGCUACAGUCUGUACCGGUACCAGCUGGAGCACGACGACCGGGUCUCAGUGUCCGGGGACACGGAGGGACACGACCGGAGGAUCCAGCUGAGUCCAGAGCGACGGGGACGAGACGCAGCAGGUCAGGACACGUUAGACUGGAGACCCGUAGUCAUCACGGCUACCUCAGGUGAUGUGAAGGAGUUCGGCUCGACCCUGGAGGUGCGAGCACUAAAGGACCGGACUCAGUCUCUGUCCAGUGUGGACAUCCGGAUCUCCCCCUGUGACCCAGACCUCAGAACCCCCGGGGCCCCUCCCGCUUCGCCCCAUCCGCACCCGACGGACGCCGGCACGGAGAAACCGGCUGAGAAGAGCCGGCUGGAGGCGGCGGCGUCCUUCCCUCUGGAGGCGUCCAAGGUCACAGAAUAUCUCGUCUCCGCGAGCCUCAGUGGCUCCGCCUCCUCCGACAGGAAGUCGCUCAGCAACAUCGUCUGCAGCUCCGCCCCUCAGGACCAGGAGGACGCCGUCAGCUUGACCCAGCAGACGACGGGCAGGGGAGAAGAAACCAAACAGGAAGAGGAGGAGCCAAGGUCGUCCGACAUCUCGCCCCCCUGCUCCCCGCCGGACGGUAACCACGGUAAUAUGGAGGGGGAGGAGCCAUCUGAGCAGCUGCUGGUCGGGGAGGACAGGAUGUACCCGACGCUACGCUCCAAAAGUCUCAACGCCAACCCGAGGAAGACGAGGACCAAGAGGAAGGAGGACGAGGAGACGCCUCGCUCAGCCAGCAGCGUCAGAGACCUGGUGUCGGCCUUCAGUGGGGGGGCGGGGGGCCAUGGUCCAGAACCUGGCCCCGGUCCAGGUCCAGGUCCAGAACCUGGUCCCGGUCCAGAUCUUUGACUGCGGAUCCUGAUGGACUGAAGCUCUUUGCUUAUAAUGUUUCAUGUUAAAAUGUUUGUUUGUCUUUAAUUUAUUAUUCAAAUUUUACCUCAGUUUUGUUUUUCAAUGUAAUUUAAUAUCAGACAUUUCCUGUUUGGUACUAAUCGUCUGAUCACUGGUAUUGAUUUUAUAUUAUAUUUAUAUUAUUGUUAUUAUUAUUAACAAUGCUGAAGAUCAAAGGGAAAAUUUGUUUUAAUAAAAGUUUCAGUCACCAUAAAAUAUGUUAAUAUUAUAUCUUGAAUCAAUAACUCAACAAAGAUGAUCACAGAUCAAAGUUUCAUUUGUCUGAAUGUUCGAGGUACGAUCAGUUUUUUAAUGAUUGAUUAAUUUUUUUCUUCACAUUUUCAUCAGAUGCCUAAUAUUAUAGAUGACGAUCUAUAAUGUUUUCCUCAAAGUAAAAACUGUGAUCAGAACAAAGUGAACGAUGAGUUUGAAUAAAGGGAAACGAAUCGACUCC